GCGAGCCGGACUGGGAACGGGCCAGCCUGGCAGAGCGCACCUCUCUGCUCCACCUGGAUGUCAGAGGAGCCCGGGCCUACUGCGCACACCGCUUCCAGUUGCCAGUAGGGUCUCAGGACUCAGUGUCCCUGUGUUCUAACCCCCCCCCCCGUUUGAGGGGACUGCACGUGGGGUCUCAGUUUCCUCCUUUGCAAAAUGGGAAAAGAGUGGGCGUGCCUAUCGUUAGCAGGGCAGCACUACCGUGGUUGCCGGGGAGGGACAGAUGGAUGCCCACACGUGACCGCCCCCGUCCAGCCCCGCCUGUCCUGUGUCCGGGGGUGGAAGUGUCCAGCGAGGACGGGCGCGGUGGGCGGGUCCUCGGCAGCCUUUCGGGCCAGACGCGCUGCUCCCUGGCGGUCCGUUAGCCCUGUGGCUAGGGCCGAAGAGUAUGGAGGCGACAGCCUCGGCGUCGCGGGCAGCCGCGGUGCAGGCGAGGGUCCGGCAGGGAAACCGCGCUUGACUCUGGAGAGGAUGAAGAAGAGAGUACGAGAAAGCUAACAGGGACGCCGUCUCACCUCACGAGUCUUUGGGGAGGCACGUCGCAGGUUCGCGCGGGCUCGGUGGACGGUAGCAAAAGCAAGUCGUGGGCCAUGAGCAGCGGUCGGGCCGCCCGGCCCAAGCCCGGCAUGAGGGCUAGCGGCAUUCUGCGGCGCUGAGGGUCAGAGACGGAGAGGGGGCGGCGGCCGGGCGGGUGCGCGGCACCAUGGCACGGGAAGAGUGCAAAGCGCUGCUGGAUGCGCUCAACAGGACGACCGCGUGCUACCAUCACCUGGUGCUGACCAUCGGCGGCUCGGCUGACUCGCAGAACCUGCGCGAGGAGCUGCAGAAGACGCGGCAGAAGGCUCAGGAGCUGGCGGUUGCCACCGGAGCGCGGUUGACAGGCGCGUUGCGCGACCGGAGCCUGGCUGCAGAGGACCGCACCGAGUUCGAGCGCCUCUGGGUGGCCUUCUCCGGCUGCCUGGACCUGCUGGAAGCCGACAUGCAGCGUGCGCUGGCGCUGGGAGCCGCUUUUCCGUUGCACGCGCCGCGGCGGCCGCUGGUGCGCACUGGGGUGGCGGGUGACGCGUCCGGGGUGGCUGCACGCGCCCUGAGCGCCCGCAGCCUUCGGCACGAGGCGGAGCGCGACUUCGACGUCGCCGACCUACAGGAGCUGGAGCGUGAGGUCCUUCAGGUGGGCGAGAUGAUCCAAGACAUGGAGAUGAAAGUCAACGUGCCUCGCUGGACAGUGCAGGCCCAGCAGACGGCAGGCGCUGAGCUCCUGUCCAGCACUAGCGCGGGCCCCGCUUCGGCAAGAGGCCUGUCGGUGGAAGAACAGCGAUCGGGACCCUGUGAUCCUAGCAAGGCCUUGGCUGCCACCCUCUUUAGUGCCGUGCUGCUGGCCGCUGUGGCCCUGGCCGUAUGUGUGGCGAAGCUGAGCUGACCCACAGCUGUCCGCCCACUCCCAGUUCCCUCCCUGGAGAUACCACUGUGGACGGGCUUGGGGUCCGCCUGGUGAAAGGGAGCGGUUUUGAGACUCGGGUAUGCGUGUGUACACGCGCGUUUCAGGCGCGCGUCUGCCUGGACAGGACAUGGUCUCCCCUCCCUGGCUUGGGAGGAGUUAACUUGGCCCAGGGCCGCCAAAGCAUUAAGGUCUGCAAGAGCUUUAUCCCCUAUUAAUAGAAACGCUCACCAGUCGCCGUCCCAGAUCCUUCCGAGUUAAUGGGUUAAUACCAGUGCUGCUGGGCGUCUUAAGUCCAAGUUUGGCGCCCCCGCCCUGCCGGCGUCUCCCAAGCUUUGCAAGGAGCAGUUUGGAAAAGGGGCUGUGAAGUGGAGUGACGCCUGAGGGAGAGGGAGAGGGGGAGGGGAGCCACUGUGUUCCCUGUGAGUGGUGAUAACUUUUUCCUGGACGAGAAACAAAACGCAGUGAGAAGUAAGCAGUUUUUGACGACCUUAAUCCUUUGGGGCCUAAACUUGGGAGAGUGCAGAUAUAAGUUUGCCCAGAGUGCUUCCUUUGCGGUGCGCUAUUGCGCUUCUUGGCAGAGUUGAUCCAUUAGGGCAGCAAGAAAGGUUGGCGCCGGGUCUGUUCCGGAGGUACAGCCACCCCAUCCACACCACAGA